GUGCAGCUCACUGGGUGAGGUCAACAACGCUGCUGCUGCUGGCGGUGUUGGUGUUGGUGUUGGUGGGCGUGUUGUUCGGGUAGAUGUGCGACAGCAACAAACGGGCACGGCAGAACGGACACUUGCGGUUGCGUGUCGACGAAAACACUGCACAAUCCUCACACAGCUUGCUCUGGCAGCACGUGGGGGUGAUGAACGCCGUCUGAGGCUUGGGAUUAGUGCAGAUGACACACUCGACCAACUCGGGCUGGUGGUUGGUGCCGUCCGUCAGCUGGUUGUUGGUGCCGUGGUUGGUGCCGUUCGUGAGGUAGUUGUUGGUGCCGUUCGUCAACAUGGUGCCGGUGUCAGCGUCCUCCAUCGCCACAUUGUCUGAUAAGCCACAAGCCAUUGUGUGUGCGUGUGUGUGUGUGUGGUGUGUGCGUCCGUGUCGUCAUACUCACCAUCCAGUUCGUGUUCUCGAACUUCUUGCUCGUACGGGUUGAUGUCACACACACGCUCCUCAUAGUUGUUGCACCACUGCACGUACUGAAACUGAAACAGAACACAUGCAUGAUAGAUAAAUGAAUGCGAAAGUGCUGGUUGACUUACCGAUUUGCCGGUGUUAAACGCACACUCGAAGCAGACGUAGUUGUUCAUCUGCCCGUACAGCGAGUGGAUGCGUGUCAGAUACUCCUUGGUGAUGUCGUUCACACCACUCGGAACAUAGAACUCAAACGCCUGAACACACACAAAGCACACAGAUGAAACCACAGGUGUACGCAUAAGCAGACGCUUUGUGUCCCACCGUGUGGUCUCGGUGCUGACUGCAAAACACCCCUCCACACAGCUUGCACCAACGCACGUAGCCCGCUGGCACCUUCUCGUUGCACCCGUACGCCCCGCACGUGCGUGGCUUCUUCUUGCCCGUGAAGAUGUCGAUGUCUUGCUCGGGAGGAGCGUUGAAUUGCCCCUGGAUGGUCUCCAACGCCCGUGCGAGGUUGUUGCUCAACACCUCAUUUUUGAACGUCUUGAAGUCGAGGGUCUUGGUGCGGUCGAGGUCACCCCGAAGCUCUUUGAGCGGGUUGAACGUCAGCGUGAGGUCGGGGCGGGUGGGCAGGCGGGCAGUCAGGCCAAAGGAAGCCCAAUCGUACCACGACUUGUGUGUGACGCGUGCGGCGGGUGCGGCGGCUGCGUCGACGGGUGCGUUGGCGAUGGGCAACAUGCUGGUG